CCCCCGAGACCCCCCCCCCCCCCUUCUGUUUGGCGAGCGCCAGAAAAAGCCCCAGCGAGGAAAAAGUGGGUGCGCGGCGCAAAUAUCAAAACACCACCGGGAUUUGCCCCCCUCCUUUUUUGUCUUUUUAUGUAUUUUUGCAGGAUUUCAGCUGCGAGAGCGACACAGAGAAUAAGAUAGAGAGAAGAGAUGGACGAGCAGCCGAGGUUGAUGCACUCUCACACGGGGGUAGGCAUGGCAGGGCACCCCGGCCUGCCGCAGCAUAUGCAGGAAGGCACCGGAGGAACGGACGGCGACGGGAGAAAACAGGACAUUGGAGACAUUUUACAGCAAAUUAUGACCAUCACGGAUCAAAGUCUGGACGAAGCCCAAGCGAGGAAACACGCUCUGAACUGUCACAGAAUGAAGCCAGCUCUUUUCAAUGUCUUGUGUGAAAUCAAAGAAAAAACAGUGCUGAGUAUCCGCGGCGCUCAGGAGGAGGAGCCCCCGGAUCCCCAGCUCAUGCGGCUGGACAACAUGCUGCUGGCAGAGGGCGUCUCCGGUCCGGAGAAAGGCGGAGGCUCGGCGGCGGCGGCAGCUGCUGCAGCGGCCUCAGGAGGAGCAGGGGCAGACAACUCUGCAGAGCACUCCGACUACAGGGCCAAGCUGUCCCAGAUCAGACAGAUCUACCACACAGAGCUGGAGAAGUAUGAACAGGCAUGUAACGAGUUCACCACCCACGUGAUGAACCUCUUGCGGGAGCAGUCACGCACGCGGCCGAUAUCGCCCAAAGAGAUCGAGCGCAUGGUGAACAUCAUCCACCGCAAGUUCAGCUCCAUCCAGAUGCAGCUCAAACAGAGCACCUGCGAGGCCGUAAUGAUCCUGCGCUCCCGCUUCCUCGAUGCCAGACGGAAAAGACGAAACUUCAACAAGCAGGCAACAGAGAUCCUGAACGAGUAUUUCUACUCACACCUCAGUAACCCCUACCCCAGCGAGGAGGCUAAAGAAGAGCUGGCAAAGAAAUGUGCCAUCACAGUUGCCCAGGUUUCCAACUGGUUUGGGAAUAAAAGAAUCAGAUACAAGAAAAACAUUGGUUCUGCUGGCUCUUUUAACAUGUCAAACUCCGGGGACUUGUUCAUGAGCGUGCAGUCUCUCAAUGGGGACUCGUACCAGGGGGCUCAGGUGGGAGCCAACGUGCAGUCGCAGGUGGAUACCCUUCGCCAUGUUAUCAGUCAGACAGGCGGAUACAGUGAAGGACUCACGGCCAACCAGAUGUACAGUCCGCAGGCCAUCAAUGCAAACGGUGGCUGGCAGGAUGCUCCGACCCCCUCAUCAGUGACUUCACCCACAGAAGGACCCGGAAGCGUUCACUCUGACACCUCCAACUGAUCCUCCACCCGCUCACCCCUCCAUCCUUUUCUUCCUAACUUCCUCCAUCACUGCACUCCCAGCCAUAUCUCCCAAAACUAAUGCUGAACCCCAUCGGGGACAGGACAUGACGUGCUGCGUGUAGUCACACGGCGGGACACAGUUGGGAUCUCGGAUGACAUUUUCACCAUUAUGGACAAAUAUUUCACUUUUCCUAUCUGGACCAUCGCAGCACCGUUAGCAGCCUGCGUAGGAGACUCAUAUCUACACUUCACAGUUUGUACAGUUUCCACUCGAUGUCCAUGUUGCCUCUUUGUAUUUCUCUUACAUUAUAUGUUCACACAGUAGGCACACAGAUAGCAGAGUAACGCCCCACAUCUUGUAAAUUGAAACGCUUUCACACUACCUCUAUUCGAAAUAACAGAGAAAAAAACAUUUCAAAUGCUUCGGUUUUACAAAUUUUUAUAAUUAUUGGAAUUUUACUGUACACCACACCAUGCCCUGUCAUUACACCUCUGUUUUUAUUACCGUGCUCACAAAUUUUGUUUAUCUAUAGUGCCAAAGUUCAACCCUGGAGGUGAAUUUUGAUAAUGUUACAUUAUAUGUUUGUAUGUCAUGUCCUUACAUUUUUCAUGUCAUACUUAGUAUGAAGUAUUAUUAUGUUAGUCCAGUCAUAUUCUUCUAAUUCUGGUCUGGUAAUACCCAAGUAUUCAGCCUUGAUUUAUAUAGUUUGUAUUCAGAACUUCUACAAUAGACAAUGGCAUAUAAGGUAUUUUAUAUUUUAUUGCCAGGGUAGUAGGUUUUCUGCUCAUAUGCAGUACAAUAAUGCAGGAAAUCACAUCUUUUACUCAAACAAUUUACAUAUUGAGUUACAGAGAGUGUUGCAGUUCUGUCAUGCAUGUUGGCUGCACCACAGUAUUCAAAGAAAAAUUGACCUGAAAUGCAUUAAUUGGAUGAAAACAUUAGCAGCAAUUACGGCACGUCAAUAUGUAUUAAAGCACAAUAUCACCUAAUGAUUGAACUCAAAGGGCAGCAUUUGUAAAUUUGAAAACAAUACAGAGGAAAUUUUAAGAUUUAACUAUAGUAGUCAUAUAUGGAAGAAAGAGCGUGCACACACCAGUACAUUAUCAUACAUUGUCAGUGUGUAUCAGUGAGAUCAAUAGAGCCAAAAACUGCUGGGAACCAAAUCCAAACAAAAUUUUUAAUUCUGAUUUUAAGGUACUAUGUUGACGGGAAUUAACACAUUGCAUGAUUAUAUUUGUGUAAUAAUCUUGUGAAUGCGAUGAGAACAUUUUUAGCACAGACUAGAUUUUGGUGUUUGCCCAAAUUAAAUUAUUCUUUACACGAUAGGAAUUUCUCUACAUAUUGUACUUUGUGCGCAAGCAAAAUAAUUUAUUUCUGCGCUCAAAAUAUCCCAUUGCACUCUCAGGAUUGCAGCACAAAUAUAACGCUGUAUGCAUUCAGUGCUGAAAAAACACGGGGUCACUUUUCCCGUAACCCCUGAUAACAUUAGUGAGAAGAGUCCCUUCACUUUCGUUUUGUUUUAAAAUGACACUAAAAAUCCCACAUUCAUCAACACAAACCAAUCCAAAAUGUGAAAUUAAAUUUAUUGUAUGUACAGUAUAGUAUGUGGUCUAACAUGUAUACAUGAUUACAGUAGUCCUCAUAAGAUAUCUGCAUUUACAUACUUUGAUACCAAAAAAAUGGCAGAAUUUUUAUCCUCUACAUUGGGAUCAGCUUUACUGACAUUUUCUUUUUCCUCUUUUCGUAGGAUUUUAGGACCUGCGUUACUCAGUAUAUCAUAAUGCGCUUGUACUCUGUAUUCAAAGCCAAAAAAAUGCAGUUGGAAUACAGAAGUGUUUAUAUAAAUUCAAAUGGAAACAAAUACACUGAUGGCACACAAAUCCAGAUAAUGUUUGGAUAUAUUUUUAUGUCUCCAUUUUGUGAAUAACUCAUUUCUUUUGUUUUCAUCUGAUAUUAUUUGCUUUGCUACAGGACUGUUUCUUUUUUUUCAAUGUUACCAUUAUAUGUGAAUUAGCCCAAGAAUGCUCUAUAUACAGUAUGUAGAUAUGCACCUUUAAUCUUUUUUUGCAUCUUUGAAUUUGGGCAGUAGCCUUUUUAACAUGGCCUGAUGGAGCUCCUGUUGGAUUUAGGGUGAAAUCAUUAUUAUUAUUUUAUACUCUGACCAACAAAACAAGCCUGCCUUCAAGAUGACUACUGUCCGAAUAAAGGUGACGUGAAAAGUUAUUGUUAACAUGCCCUCUGGAAUUGCUUUUAGCUUAACCCUUACAGAAAACUAAAUUUAAUCCCGAGGUCCCAACCAGUUACUAAAAAGCCUGAAAAACACAGGUAUUUUUUAACACUUGUCAGUGUGUUUGUAUUUAUUACACAUGUAUGAAAUCAUGGAUGUUUCAGAGCUACUGUCUGGAGGUCAACCACGGCAUGAUAACAACAAACAAACCCAUUUGGAUCAUUCUGAGUGGCUCCUACUCGACUCACCUGCUCAGUAUGACAGUCGAGAGUCCGAGCACCAUUGAAGUGAUGCACAGAACCUGCCUCAGUCGUGUCUUCUGAAGUCAUUGGAGUGAAUUGACAGCACUGGCCAUGCAAGGCAAACACAAGGAUUGUUUUUUCGCCCCUGAAAAAAGGCUUAACUCUUCUUUUCACAUUGCCUGUCAAAUAUUAUCGAAGCUUCAUGUAAUGAUGCUUUUUAGUUUUUGAAUAUAAAAGGAAAAGAGACAUGAAAAGAAAAAUGAACAAUUUGUAAAACAUAAAAUGUUUUAUUUGUUGCAUGUCUUUUUGUUCUUCAAUAAAAUAACGUACUGCAGUGUUUUGAAUGUUCACUUCUUUUUUAUAAGGAUUUUGGAGUGAAAUCGUGGAGCCCUUUUUCUUGACAGGUUUUAACUUUUAAGAUCUCUGCGUAUGUAAAAAGCUAUCAAAUGGAAAACUAUUGUCUUUUUAAUUCCAAUUCAAAACAUGUUUUCUGUGGAGAAAAAUAGCUGAAAGGUGUAGGUUUUAUGGUCUCUUCAUUUGUACUGGCAAUGCGUAUCCCAAAUAAAUUGUUUCUUUUGUUGCAUAAA